GGUGCUAUGAAAGCAUAAUACACGCUUGUUAAACAUUCUCUUUCGACUCUCGACCAAUGGCGUUUCUGCGCAAGGCAGCCUAGGAUCGACGCGUCGCGAUAGUCGUAACAAUUUCGGAAAGUUCGUGCCUCGUUUUCACGCCAUUAUGGAUUCGUUAGCGAAUUACGCUAGUGACGGAGACAAUAGUAACAAUUCGGAAGAUCCAAAGAUACCAUAUGGGAUGCAUGGUGAUACCAAUAAAAGGGCCAGUGACGUUAACUACGAUCCAGUACAAAUGGACAUGAGUGAGGAAAGCAACAACAACAAUUCGUCCAGGGAAUCUAGUAGUGAAAGGGCACAUAGUCCAGCUGCACAAUCAAAAACAGACUCAUCCCGAACAUUACCUUCCCCCUCAGACCAGAGGCGAUCUGAUCAUGAGAAUCACACAGCAAAUUCGAAAGACGAGCACAAACGAGGAGAUAAAUCUGACCGUAAUAGACAUAUGAGCGAUAAGGGGCGUCGGCCGUCGUACGAUGAUAGAAGACAACGAGAAAGCAGCCACAGGGAUAGAGACAUAAAGAAAAGUCGUGACGAUGAUAGAAAAUCUCGUGACGAUGAUAAAAAGAAGGAAAAGAGUUCUUUGGGAUCGAGUAAGGACGAGAAGAGUGACGACAAGGAAAAGAGUGACAAAGAUCAUCACUAUCGCGACGAUCGAAGAGAUCGAAACCGGGAUAGAAGCGACAGAGAUAGACGCAGGGACAGGGACAGAGAUCGAGAUCGAGAUCGAGAUCGCCGGCAUUCUAGAGACGACAGAUCAAAAGAUCGGUAUCGGGACGAUCGAUUCGGGAAUUAUCAUAAGGAAAAAGAUCGCACGAGAUCGAGAUCUAGAUCGAGAGACCGGGCUCCGCCGCCUUUCAGGACGAUGAGCUAUAGGGAAGAAAAAGGCAGAAAUAAAUUAGCUCAAUUAGAGAAGUUAGGAAUUGAACUUAAAGCACCGGAAGGUGAUACUGCUACGCCCGGUGUUCAAAACGAACAGAAUUAUUAUAAUCCAUUAGCCACGGCAACGCAAGGAAAGUACGCGGAACAGAUACAGAAGAGGAAACUGUUAUGGGCAAAUAAGUCAAAACAAGACGAAGGUAAAACAUCUACAGCAGCUUCUACUGCAAACACUUGGGUGGGAACAACAUUCACUCAUGACCAAGAUGGGAAAGUAACGGCGAAAUUUAAACGAUUGAUGGGCAUUAAAGAUGAUUUGCCGACUACUCCGGCAGCGGGUGCUAAACCAGAUAUACUGAAGAAGCAGGAAGAAAUGUUUAAUAAUAUGGAACAACAGUAUGAGGUAGCACGUGCUACAACACACACGCAGCGUGGUGUUGGACUUGGUUAUGCAACUGGUGGUUAUCAAUUCCCCCGAUAGAGUGGAGAACCGUUUUUGAACUGUGAGUUUAGGAUUGAUAACACCCAACAUAGGUGCAACUGAAUUUUUUGCCUGUUGAUUUUGACAAUUUCAUCAGGUUGAUUCUGAAACAGUUUUUUAUUUUGAAGUCGUUCUAAAUAGAAAAUAUAGAAAAUAAUUGCAAAGCUUAUAAGAUAAAACAUCCGAGCAAUCUUGUUGUAGUUGUGUAAUUAUAUUGUAAACAUUGAAGAAAGAAAAAUAAAUUUGUUAAGGAUCUGGAUGAGGAAAGUACUCUGUACUUUCGACUUGAUGAUGAUUAUUUUUUAUUUUUUGUUCAUGAAAAAGCGGGAAAACUGCAGUCCUGUUAUGCUACGAAUGCGCUUGCAACACCAAUUUAUAUAAUUUCCCAUUGUACCUAUAUGCUAUAUGUACAAAUAUAUAAGAGGUGUAUUGACAUAAA